CGUCCCGCCCCGUGCGGGCGGGGCUCCGGGUUUAAACGUCGCGGCGGGUCGGGCGAGUGGAGGGGCGGGGCGCGCCUCUGUGUCGUGCCGGGGGUUCCGUAGGCGACAGCGCGGCGCGGAACGGCGGGCACUCGGGGCCGGCGGGAGGCACCAUGUCCCCGGGGAGCGGCGUGAAGAGCGAAUACAUGAAGCGCUACCAGGAGCCGCGCUGGGACGAGUACGGGCCGUGCUACCGCGCGCUGCUCCACUACCGCUUGGGCCGCCGGCUGCUGGAGCAGGCGCACGCGCCCUGGCUGUGGGACGACUGGGGCCCGGCCUGCGCCUCGGACGACUCGGCGUCGUCGGCGUCCUCGGGCGCUGGGGCCCCCGCGCCCCAGUGCGCCCCGGCCUCGCCGCCGCCGCCCGUGGAGCCAGCGGCGCGCGAGGAGCCGGAGCAGCGGGCGCGCGCGGCCCCGGAGGAGGAGCGGGGCGCGGAGGCCGCGGGGGACGCGGAGGCCAGGGACGCGGAGGCCGCGGAGGACUCGGCGCUGCCAGCACUGCCAGUGAAAGACAUAAAAGAAAAACCUGAACGACAGAUCAGGACCAGAGAGCCUGACAAAUUACCCAGCAGUACCGAACCUCAGCCACCACCAAGUGCCUUACCUGCCAGAGGAAGCAGGAGAGCGGUCAAGAGUCCUCAAAGGUCAUCAACUAAAAUAAAAGAACCUAAGCACCCGUUCGCCCUUUAUGGGUGGGGAGAAAAGCAGAUGGAUACAGGGAGCCAGAAGACUCACAACGUCUGUGCUUCUGCCCCCGUGCAGGAGAUUCAUGAAUCGGCGUUGCGAGCCAAGAGCAGAAGGCAGGUGGAGAAGAGGCGGCUGGCGGCUCAGAGGCAGCGGGCUCACUCCGCCGACGUGGACAAAAACAGGCGGGUCAAGCCUGCCUCGUCGGAGAACCCGUGGAUGACGGAGUACAUGAGAUGCUACUCCGCCAGAGCUUGAGGGGAGGGACAGUUGCUCAGACAACCUCUUUUAAAAAGUGUAAAUGAAAGAAAAGAAAAAACAAAACAAAAACCGUCAAAAGAAACUGGACACAGGUUUAAGAAACCAACUGAUUAUGCAAGAUUUUUCUUAGGGAAUUUCCAAAGGAUUGUCUCUUUUGAUGAAUCCUGGUCACCUACCUCAGCAGUAGGGUGACAGUUGAAAGCCAUAGACAUUUGGUUAUUUAUGAGAAUUCCCUAAAUCUUUGAUACUCUUAUAAGGGUUUUGUUUUAAAGCAUCUUAAUCUUUUAAGAUACUGACACCAAAUGCCUUUAAAUGGCUUACAGAUUCUUAACUUCAGUAUCUUCCCUCAGUUUAGGUGGAGCCUGUGUUGCUCCUGUUGUGAACGACUUCUGAGAUUCCGUAGCUGGUAAGAUCACGCCAGCUUGCGGCAGAAGACUCAUUUUCCUUCUGUGUAGAUUUCUUUGUGAAAGAAUAUCACGUUAAAAGUGAGUUUCAACGCUAGUACUGAUUCCACGUAUAGUGAAAGUAGAGCUUUGGUAGUUCCUAACAGUUCACUUUCUUUUGCAUUUCAGUUCAGCACCACUUCACGUGGACCAUGAUAUUUAAGAAUUAUUGGGCUGGGUGAGGGUCAUCUUUUCUCUUUAAACUGUCAUCUAGGCACUUAUUAAUAGUUUAAUAGUUCAAGUGCAUUCCAGUACGCAAAGUACCAGUGCAGUGUGUUUAGAAGUAGUACUGGUUUCUUUUGAGUCAAAGACUGUCCCUUUUUAUUGUGAGAUUUUUUAAGAACGCAUAAUGGGUACCGUUCACUUGCUGCAGUCUGGCCUUCUGACACACACGCACUGUGGACUUUUGCCUCCUUUCUGAUAGCUUGGCAGUGACAUUUAGAAUGUAACUGUCCUGCUCGUUGGGGAUGGGGCCAGAUUUUAAGAUACCCAUUAGAGAUGUGGACCACCCCUACUUUCUCCCCUAUAGAACUCCCCAGUAGCAAAGCCUUGAUGAUGUACAUCGUUCAGACUUUUGGUUGAAAUACCUUCCUCCGAGGUUCCUAGCCGGUAGGUCUUGUGUGGGACCUCACGCGAGCAGAUGCUGGCGUGUGCGUGGGCAGAGAUGUGUGUAAACGAAGUGCUCCUUCUCUCUAGUACAUUUGCUUUCGUGGUAGAAAGUGGUUUUGAGAAACACUGCUUUCCAUCCAGGAGAGACAGGAACCUGCAGGAAGGAUGAAUGGUGAACUCCUCCUAGGAGAGAAGGAAGUACUUGGCCAGCUUAGCACGUGCAGAUGUGAAUGAAAGUCUGGUGUUUGAUGUGAGUUUGAGCAUCUCCUUGACAGUUGUACUCUGGGUCUUUGAAGUAUGAUGGGCAGUUUUUAGAACACAAAUGUUUAUUCCAUGUAGAAUCUUCACACAGUAUCAUCUUGCACAACUGUGUUAAGUUUUGCAAACUCAUACUGAAGAAUCAUGAGCUUUUUUUAAAAAAAAAAAAAACCUUUUAAAAUAUUUACAUUGUUUUUAGGUGAAUACAUCGUGAGCUCUCCCAGUCACUGCGAUGUAUAUUUAGUACGAAGAAGGUCUGUGUGUUGUCCAAAGCAACCUCGCUAGUGAUUCUGGUGAAUCUUGCUGUUAUUAUAGUCCUCAAACACUGCAGGUACCUGAAGAUGAAAUUCCUGUGGCGUCGUGAUGGUGGAAACUGUUUCUUUAAAAUCACUUCCUGCAUGUUCGGUUUUAACCAACGGCUCUGGCGUUCCAUUCCCGUUGCAGCUGACAAUCUUAGGAAGAGGCCGAGGGGAGUAGCUCGGGUCCACACUGAUGGACUGUCUUAGAAACCCGACCCUUCGAGGCUCUGAGCAAGCCAGACUCUCUCCUUUAGAAAACAGACUCAUAUUCAAUGUGCUUACUUAUUACCGCAAACUCCAGAUGCAGAUCUGGAAGAACCUAGAGGGCAAUGCUGGCCAAUUUUUCCCCAUUUUUAAGUAGAGGACAAAUGAACAAAAUUUUUAAAGUACUUUUAAUGUGCAUGAACAAUGAAUGAGUCAAUAUGAAGUACUUGUGAGUUCCCUUCCUAUGUCCAAGUCAUUAGUUGGUUAGGGUUUCUUUACUUUUCUCUCUCUUUAGGGGUAAAGAUUAUCUUUUAAGCCUACAAAAUAGGCCUCUCCCGUUGCAGAGCACAGGCUCCGGACGCGCAGGCUCAGCGGCCAUGGCUCACAGGCCCAGCCGCUCCGCGGCAUGUGGGAUCCUCCUGGACCGGGGCACGAACCCGUGUCCCCUGCAUCGGCAGGCGGACUCUCAACCACUGUGCCACCAGGAAAGCCCCCCAAAUUUUUUAAGUUGUAACAGUUUGAUGUCCUACUUUUUCCUUCUCAUUCUAGAAACUGAUGUGAUCAUGUUCCCAUUUCUUUGGACAACUUAUAAGACGUCAAGUUAGUUUAAAAUGACCUAUCAUGUUGCAAAGUUUGAAACUGAGAAUCCAGUGAUAUUUAAAAUAUAGAAUAAAAUAAUUGCUACAUAAGACUCUUUUUAAAAUUUUGGUUUUAAGUUCUUAAUUAAAACAAUUUGUCAUAAACAUGUUCUCUGUGUUACUUUGAUUAAAAGCAAUAAUAGUAUAUUGAGUAACACCUGAAUACCGCUACUGGACCGAGGUGAGUGAGAACUAAACAGGAAUCCAUCCGUUUCCUUGCUUUUAAAACCUAAAAGAUCGCUCUUAUUUAGGAGGUGUCAAAAUGCUUGUACUCCCCUACUGUCAGAAAAUUUCCAAGCACAUAUAUACAUUUUUUCAAGUUUACUGAAAGUAAAAUAGGGCAUAGUUUAUCUGAAUUAACUUGUAGUAAGCACACAUUUGUGGUGCUUCUGAUGAAAUAGCUUUGUCACUGAUUCAUCAAAUGUAAAUUGCUAGUAACCUGAAAGGUGUGUAUACUGGGUCACAUAAACUCAACCAUCUAAACUGCACAAAAGAAAGGUGGCUUUUGAGUUCUAAGGCUGUGCUGGGCGUAAACUUUAUCAGCGGAAGGUUAGUACUUGAUAAAGUGUUCAAGCGUAUUAUUGGCAAAGAGGGAGAGAGGCCAAGCAUAUGUUAGAAGUAAAAACAACUUUCCUUGUUGACUGCUUCAGUAGAAAAUAGUUUAGUGGAUAGUUUUACAUUUCACUGGACUAGAUAAAAAAUGGUGCUAAUAUUUACACAGUCUGAUUCUGUAGUUGGUUUGGGAUCAAACUGUCAAUGCCUGACUUAUAAGGUUCUUACUGUAGUCUUGUGAUCAGCUAAAUAAUAUUUAAAAAGUGAUCCUAAAAGUGUGACCUUGUAUUUGAAAUGGAUUUUGUACAAUAGGAUGAAUAGGGAGCUCUUCAAUGUAAGGUGUGUGCUUUAUACCAAAUUCUGUGCAAGGAGUGACGUCUAGGUUUUGGGUCCAGAUUUGCUCCCUUCCAGCCUGCUAGUGUGAGAGGGGGAAAAGCUGCUCGUCUGUUACUUAUUUCCAUUUUGAAAGUCAGGACACCUGAGUGAAGACAGUAGAGGCCUCUUUUUGGAUUUCUUUUAUAAUUAGCAAAACUGUAUUUAAGAACAGUCUCCCUGUGUUGUUAUUGUAUAUUUAUUUUGAGCACUGCAUUCACUUUAACAUUCUGAAGAACAAAGGCUGGGCACUUACCAUCACAAGGCUCAGGCAGUGGGAAUUUGGGGCUGUGUUUUCUAAGAACUAUGUAUUGCUUUUCGCUUGUAUUGAAUAUUGCAGUUACUUGGAAAAAUGUGAAUAAAGUUCAUUAAUGUUA